GUAUAGGUGUUUGGAAGUUGGAACUCUACAAAUAUUAUUUUCAUAUUUUAAAGGCAAGGAGGAGCAUCUAUGCAUUCACAUUCAAAUUCAACUCAAUGGAGUCGAGGGUCAAAUGGAGGCGGCUCUCUGGCUCACAUAAUAACACGCCCAAUCCCGUGCUGCUUCGUCUCUCACCCACUAAACAAAAGCUUAGAGCCUGCUUGAUCGCGUCGCGUGCGUGCCAUAAUCCGAUCAAGAAAGAGAGAGAGAGAGAGAGAGAGAGAGAGAGAGAGAGAGAGAAAGCUGGGGCCGCUCAUCAUCCGAAACCAGUGGAGCAACUAGAAAAAGCCCUGACCCAGCCAAAAAAUGACACUCUCCCCGUCGUCUCACCUGCUGCCACUAUCCAACUCGCCAUCGCCGACACCAAUGGCUGCCUCUCUCGCCACCUCCUCCGCCGCUUCUCGCCUCCUCCUCCUCCCUUCCGCCUCCGCUCGAGCUCCACACUUCCGACUCUCCGCCCCUCACUCCACCGCUGCUUCCUCCUCCUACGCUUUCUCUCCUCUCAAAUGUCGCCGCUACUCCCCUCUCCCCCCUCGCGCCUUCUCAAACCAGAGGGCGUCUUCCAUGAGCACUGUUGCCGCGGCUUCCGAUCCUGCUCAGUUGAAGAGCGCGAGAGAGGACAUCAAGCAGAUUCUUAACUCCAAGUUUUGCCAUCCGAUUCUGGUUCGUCUGGGAUGGCACGAUGCCGGCACCUAUAACAAGAACAUCGAGGAGUGGCCGAGGAGAGGUGGAGCCAAUGGAAGUCUCCGAUUCGAGAUUGAGCUCAAACAUGCUGCAAAUGCCGGGCUUGUGAAUGCGCUGAGUCUUCUUCAACCUAUCAAAGAAAAGUACUCCGGUGUGACUUAUGCUGAUUUGUUCCAAUUGGCCAGUGCUACUGCCAUAGAGGAAGCUGGGGGUCCUAAAAUCCCAAUGAAAUAUGGGAGGGUUGAUGUGUCUUCUGCCGAAGAAUGCCCAGAGGAAGGAAGACUUCCUGCUGCUGGUCCACCAAGUCCUGCUGAUCAUUUGCGGGAGGUUUUCUACAGAAUGGGAUUGAACGACAAGGAAAUAGUUGCACUGUCUGGUGCACACACCUUGGGAAGGUCCAGGCCAGAUCGUAGUGGUUGGGGAAAACCGGAGACUAAGUAUACGAAAAAUGGGCCUGGUGCACCAGGUGGGCAGUCAUGGACAGCAGAGUGGCUGAAGUUUGAUAAUUCUUAUUUCAAGGAUAUCAAAGCCCAAAUAGAUGAGGACCUACUGGUAUUGCCUACUGAUGCUGCUAUCUUUGAAGAUCCUGCAUUCAAGGUGUAUGCUGAGAAAUAUGCUGAAGACCAGGAUGCAUUUUUCAAGGACUAUGCGGAAGCCCAUGCCAAGCUCAGCAAUCUAGGAGCCAAGUUUGAUCCUCCUGAGGGUAUUGUGCUAGAUGGCGUUCAGGGAGAGAAGUUUGUGGCAGCCAAGUACUCAUCUGGAAAGAAAGAGCUAUCAGAUGCAAUGAAGCAAAAGAUCCGUGCUGAGUACCAAGCAGUUGGUGGAAGCCCAGAUAAGCCUCUGCAGUCUAAUUACUUCCUGAACAUUAUCAUUGUGAUUGGUGUUCUUGCAAUUUUGACAUCUCUCCUGGGGAACUAGAAAAAGUUUUUGCGUGUUACAUAUUUGUAUUGCUGAUUGAUACCAAGUAUAUUGCUUUGUUUGUUGCUCGUUGCUCCAAUUCCGAGCCUUGUGUUUUAUUUUUUCCUUUACAUGCUGCAUAGCUAUACAUUCAUAUAUGAGCUAGUAGGACUGGUAAACGGUUAUCCUCUUAGUGGUGCAAUCGAUAACUAAACUGAAACCGAAAUCGAAACCAAUGGUUAACGAUCACAUCGAUAACUGAUUAUAUAGUAAACGAUCGAUUUUCCG